GAUAAACAUGCGGACGUCUCCUUGGGGACGUUUACCUCUAUUAUAAACUGUAAGUGGUACUGGAUCAUCGGUAUUAGCUAUGAUAACGUUAAAUACAUAAGACAUUUAAGUGUCUUCGUAUUCCAUAAAAAUUCCAGAGACAUGACACUUUUCCUUUUAUAGAAAGAGUUAUAUUUUUUGUAUAAAAACAUGAGCAAACCUGUGUUGGAAAAAUAUACAUGUGCAUGGAUUAUUUAUCACAGUUUGGAGCUUUAAAGCGACAAUGAGAAAUCAAUAGUCACCAUGCUGGAGGUUUGUCAGUAUAAUAGUGGAAUUUCUGCAAUUACAGAACCAAUGAAUGACGGUGUCAUAACUAUCAACGGCAACAUGAAGCAUGCUUCUGCUAAUGUUGAAGUGUAUGAAUUUAAUUUAGGACAAGCACAGCAACUUAGAUGUGUGAACCGAAGCAAAGCUACCAUUUGUGGAGAUUGUGAAGCAUGCAUCUUAAACAACAAACUAUCAGACAUAAAGGAAUGGUUCCCAAAACUGGGAGAUCAUUCCAAGAAACGACUAAUGCUUGGACUGCUAAGGCGAUUUCAUAGUAUCGAUCUCUUACAUCAGCUUGUGACUUUAUUACACCCUAUGAUGUGUAAAGAUUAUACAUAUGCACGAAGUCGUACAUGUCCAAGUCUACACACAGACUCUUCAACUUUGAGUUCUGACCGUGCACUAUCUACAGAUAAAGUAGAAGAUAAUAUUAGCUGUUACUGGCAAUGGUUUGAGAAGACCAACUAUUGGACAAAGUCUAACUUUGCCUUUGCUGUUCUACAGAUGUGUGAUAGUCACCUUCUGCAUACUUUAGCAUCACAAGCUCGUACAUUGCUGAUCACAGAAGAAAAAGCUGCUUUAAGUUUGGAAGAUGAUGACCAUCUUGAAUCUUCGUCCAUUUGUGAGACAGAAUAUUCAUAUAAAACAGAUGACCAUCCUGAACUGGAUAUGCUUAUUAGUUUGUCACCAGAAUAUGGUUCUCCAACCAGAGACCCAAUCACUGGUAAAAAGAUCAGACAAGCAACAAGACCUCAGAUAUUAGAUCCUCAUGAUUUUCAUGAUGAGACUAGCCUGUCAUCGCUGGACCCUGCCCUUAUGGUCAUUCCUUCUUCAGCCAAGGCCCAUUCUGGUGUGUCCCAUUUUAAGGACUUCAUUAGAUAUCUACCAGUCCAUCUUGCCAAAUAUAUCCUCCGACUUUUGGAUGAGGCUUCUUUGCAUGCCGCUAAAGAUGUCAGCACCAAGUGGCAGGUGCUUGUUUCAGAGGUCAAGGUUGAACUGGAGUUGAACAAGAAGUUGAUGGAAGAAGUUAUGCUCAUGCAGGGUGCCUCUGCUCAAGGUGUUAAUCAUGAAUAUGCAAAGGAUAUUGAUGUACUGGUUCCUAAUCUGUAUCCCGGUACAAGGGAGGUAAUCAAAACAAAUGGUGAAGUAACCUACCAUCCUGACUAUAAGACCAUGAUGACCUUUGAGACAGGUUACAGUGGUAUAUCUGUACGUAAUGCUAUCAUUGAAGAAAGGAAUGUCUUCUGUGGAUCUUACUAUGUACAGAUUAUGUUAAAAUUAGAUGAUGGUCAUCGAGUGUUCCAUACAGAUGGAGGAAAUUUAAUUGUUACGGGAUCUAAAGAUAGAAAGCUUAGAUUUAUUGAAAUGGAGAAUAGAGCAGAAUUAGAUCUUAAGAUAUCAGGGCAUGCUGGCAGUAUAAAAUGUGUCCAUCUAAAUGAAGAAGAAAAUUAUGUACUAAGUGGGAGCUAUGAUACAAGUAUAAGGAAAUGGAGCACUAAAGAUGGGAAAUGUCAGAAGAUAUUCCGUGGACAUAGAGAUACAGUGUUGUGUAUUGAAGUUGUAGAAAACCUUCUGUGUUCAGGUUCUAAAGAUGGUGCUUGUAAAAUAUGGAAUAUGCAGACAGGGAAAUGUAUAUCUAACUUGAAACAUCGUAGUCCAGUAUCAGCCUGUGCUAUGUCCGAAGAGAUGGUUAUCACAGGCUGUGAAGAUGGUUUAGUCAAGGUCUGGGAUCUUAAAUCAGCAGAACUUAUCAAGAUUUUGAAAGGCCAUGAUGAUCAGAUAACUGCCAUUAAGUUUGACCGUUGGCAUAUUAUCACAGGAAGUAAAGAUAGUUAUGCCCAUGUGUACAGUACACAGGGCAACCAUGAAAGGAUUCUAAAUGCCCUCAAACAUCCUCAGGCAGUGCUUUGCCUAGCCUUUAUGUACCUUCGAGUAAUAACUGGAAGUAAAGAUGGCAGACUUAGAAUAUGGAACAUGGUGACUGGACAAUGUUGUCGUAUCAUGAGAGGAAACAGUCAGAGUGACCCAAUCAGAAGUAUUGUUGCUAUAGGAGAUAGGAUAACCUUAAACACAGACAAGAAUUUAUUGGUGCUAAGUUUUGACCCUCCUAACUGGGAUUACACUUUAGAAUCUGACAAGGUGCCUUCAUUAGUUCCAUAUAGCUCAUAUUCUGAUGCACCAAUGCGUCAUAGAGAGUAUUCAUAUAUACGUGCCUGUAGAAUGCAAAAAGCUGGCGCAACUAAUACAAAAAUUCUUCAGCGUGGACAUGCCAAAGCCUCAUCAGACUAUAUUUAUGAAGGUUUCCCACAAACUCGAUUCAGAGCUCCACAACUGCCACAUAGUGCCAAAAGUCUUAGUAAACGUAGUAUGCAUAGUGCUAAAAUGAUUCAAACACAGCAAUAUGCUGAGUCUGGGUAUGAAAGUGGAACAACACCAAUAAGGAUGGAAUCCAGAAUGGCAAGUUCUGUCCUGUCUUCUAAAAAAUCUGUCCAUUCAGCACCUCUUCAUCCUCCAUUCCCUAAAACCAGACCCAAGUCAGAAUACAGUGUUGUCAUAGCAACAGAUAAACAUGAUACUGACGAAGAUGAGGAAGAUGAGAUUGAGCCUCAUCCGUCAAUGAUUAGGAGGCGUGUCUCAUGGGCAUUCGAUAAACCUCUGAUUCCUAAGUCUAAGGAUGUGUCGUUAUCAGAAACAAAAGCAAUUCUCAGGUCACAAAUUCGAAUGAAAGCUGAAAGUAUUGUUCCACCAGAUUUUAUAUAUUUAACUGUAAAUGCAAUACAAAGUUCAAUGCAACCAUCUGAACUCUCAGCCAACACCAACAAAAAUAUUCGUGAUUUAAGUUUAAGAUUAAAAGAAUUGAAGAAAAGGCCAUCUUCAUCACCAAGUAAAAUUGAUCCUAGAACUAAGGUUCCUGUGGAAGAGAUGGGACUUGAUAGACUAAUGCCUAAAACAGAAGAGAUGGAUACAAAAAGUGUCUCAGAAUUCUCAGAAGCGAAGUCACAUAAAUCUAAAAAGAGUAAAGAAGGUGUGGCAUUGCAUGGUCCUGAUAAAGAAAUUUAUGCCACACAAUGUGAUGUCAUACCUACAAAGGUCAAGGUCAGGACAAGUCUCCAUCAGAAAACUACAAAAAAGACUGUACCAAAUGGAAGGGUUAUUAGACCUGUCUCUGCCUCAGCUUCCCGGCGACAUCCUCCUCCCGAGGAAGAGAAAGGUCGACCUAUCACAGCACCAUCCCUCAGACGUCCAGGCACAUGUUUUUCUGUGCCAUCAACUAUAAGUCCAGCAAUGCCUGGAGUAUCCCCUCCUAAAAGGCAUGAUGGCAUCUCGUCUACAGCUUAUGAAACAAACAUUGUCCCAAUGUGUAUGUAUCCUCCAGACAUGAAAGAAAAACUUGCUCAAUUAUUGCAAGAAAAGCGAAAGGCUUUAGGUCAUGAUAUUCUAAGAACACGAAGUGAAUCCAGUUUAGGUGGAAGAGUAGGACAAUUUAGUGAUCCUUUAAGGAGUCAUGUUAAAUUUGAACUUAGGACAUAUGAACAAGAAAAAGGUUUUGUGGACUCAAUAGAAAAAAAUAAUCUUGAGAAACGUAGAAAAGAAGAAGGGGAACUUGAAAGAAAAAGAAAAGCAGCAUGGCUAGCCCGGGCAAAAUCAAGUUCUAGUAUUAAAGAAAGGCCAAAAACUGUUUCAUAGUGUAAUCAAGCUGUUUGAAUGGUUCUGUAUCAUGAAAAAAUGGCAAAUUAUAAAGCAAAAAUAAUGUUUAUGAAUGUGUGACAGUUUAUUUAUUUAGUCAUGCUUUAUUAGUGAGUAAUAUUCUUUUGAAGUGAGAGUAAGGCAUUAGUAUUUGCACAGUGUAGAAUUUUACAGAACUAACAUCAUGAAUAUUGUAGAUUUUCUAUAGAGAUCUCAGAAUGAUUUCAUUAGAUUUUAUAAAGUUAGCAAUGAUUUUUCUUUCCACUUAAAUUAGGUUGUAUUUUUGAAACUCUAAAUAUACUUUGCUGAGACUUAUUUUUGGAAAUUCAUGGGGGGGAAAUCAAAAUACUUUACAGGAUAACAUUGCCAAAGAGUAUUUCAACCAUGUUAUUAGUUCUGUUUCUUUAAUUUAGUUUUGGUAGUUGAUUAAAAGAAAACCAUUCCUUAUCAUAAAAACAGGUCAUACCAAAAGAAAGGAAUUAAACUUAAGAUUAGAAUUAAUAACCUUUGGUAAGGGAGAUAAUUCAAACUGGAUAGUAUAAAAAUACAGUCUCACAAUAUUGAGAUUUACUCAAACUUAACAGUAAAUAAUUCAUCACCAAAACCAAAUGAAAUACACAAAACCCAUUAUCCUCCUGUAAAAACAGUUUCUGUUUAUACAAUAUGUUUUGAAAAUUUACAUUAAAUGAAUUAUAAAGAAAGACUUGAAAAUAAAUAGUAAAAGACACUGUUAAAUAUUUUGCACAUACUAAUUUAGCUCAGAAUUGUUAUACAUUGCAAUGGGAAAAAUUGUGAUAAGAUGCUCUUAGUUUGUUAUAAUUUUAUACAUUAUUUAAGAUGUAUUUUGAGCAAGCAGUUUGUAUUAAGUGCCUAUAUUUUUUUAAACAUUGUUGUAAUUUUGUUAUCAGAAUAAAUUAUUAUUCUUGAGUUUUAAAAAAAAGUAUGAACUAUGUAUGAAUACAAAUUGGUUUAUUGGUAGUCUUCUCAGAGUUAUCUGAAAGCAUUGUUGUUUUGAGCUACCAAUUUUGGGUAAAUAUGGUAAAUACUACAUAAGCUUGUCCAGAGUGUGUUGGUUGCUAGUAGAUAUUAAGCAGACAACAAUGAGUCAAUCUAGUUAAGCUAUUUUUGCUUGUAAAUGUGGUGUAAGUGAUUUCACUGUAACACACUUUUAAUUUUAAGUAUUGUUUCUUUUUUGAUUAAACAUGGAUGCUCAUUGCCUUCAAAAUUAUUGUCAAACUUUCCAGAUAGAACAUGCUGUAUAAUGAUUGCAUAAUGUGCCCAAAUGUAAAUGUAUAUUUGUUAUGUUUAUUUGCUCAUUUUUUAUAUGUUGUGCAAUUUAUAAAACAGUUAUGCCAGAGAGUAAGACAUUUUUACAUGUACUUUGUAUAGUGCUAUACAAUUCUAUAUAGGCCAAAUAUAAGUAAACAAAUGUUUAUUAGUCACUGCAGUAAUUUGCAUUGGUUUGAUUCGAAUGUAUUAUAUUCAAAUGAAAACUGGUAUACAACUAUUGAUAGUGCCUUAAACUAGAAGAAUUUUUACGAAUUUCUAAAUUCUUUUUCAUCAUCUCCAGCGACUUUUAUUGAAAUGAUUCUGUUAGUAAGUAAUUUUUUUAAAUCAAAUGAAGGAUGGUUGGAGUAGAGCUCAAAUUGGGUUAGUGCAUGUGUGUAAUUCCAGAAGCAUUUAUAAACUAAUGAAGGCUUUUAGACAUAAAAUUCAUAGACACCUGUCUUGUAUGUUAUCAAUUAUCUAUGAUGUUUGUGAUUGUGCAUAGCAGUGAUUCUACAUGGAUUACAAUUGUCAAAUUUUUUGAUAGCCCACUAAGUGUCUUUUUAACGAUUUCUUUACAUCUUAUCCUAAGAAUUAGAUCUGCAUGAAAAAAGUAACAUUUCGUUUACUUUCCCUUGAUUGUAUAAAAAAAAAACGUUGUUUCCAUUAUUUUUUACUGGCACCAGGAGUUGAAGUUUCCUGACUGCUAUCCUGUAUCAUUGAUAAAACAUCUGAUUUAUCACUACAGCUAGGAAGUGAUUAUUUUGAGCACAGUUGAAAAGUCAGUUUAUCGUUAUUGCUCAACUUUUAUAUUCCUACUUAAAGCAAGAUGUUGUUUCAGUGAAAAGACUAAAUCAUGAAUUUAUUUUUAAGAUGACUAGAUUUACUAGAUUUCUUACCAAAUAUUGUUAAUGUCCUGUCAGUUUACUUAGAUACAAGAGCUAUUAUAUAUUUUGAUAAUGUCCAAAAUAUUUUAAAAUAUUGAUGCUAUAGGGAAAUGAUGCAUAUAUUUACAUAAGAAUCAAUUGAAUCAUUUUUGCUGUAGUCAUAUGAAUUUGAAAUUAUAUAUCUAUUUAUUAUGAUGAUUUACUUGGUUAUAUUCUGCUUUGUUCCUUCAUUUUGGGUAAAUGAUUGGUAUAUGUUUUGAUCAAAUGAAAUUGUUGUAAUGAGUGCUCAGUGCUGACAUAUUGUCAUUGUUGUUAACUCAUCAAGGUUGACUUUAGGAAUUACUACAGCACCCUAUGGAUUAAGAUCUACAAUGUCAUAGUUAUUUCCUAACUGUUUAAAAUUUUUAAAAAAUGGCCACCAGAGCAGUCAAAUUGAUUUAUAUAUACCGUAAAUGAAAAGCAUAUUUUUGUUGUUGGAUAGUUGAAAGAUUUAAAUAUGGUUUAUAAAGUACCCCUCAAAUAAGUUCUUGAAAUAUUCAUUUGAAUGAAUAAAUAAGAUAUUAUAAAUGUUAAACAGGACCAAAAAGAUUUUAAUGAUCAACAGUUAUUUAAUUGAAAUUAUAAGAUCUGAUUUUCCAUUCUCCAGGGAGUGAUGUAGUUACCUACGACAGCAAUGAGUUAUACAACAUAUCUGUGAUUACUUUUGUGCCUUCAUGAGCAAUUGUUAUUUUGUUGCUUAAUGUAUUUGAACUUCUGUGAUAGAAUUAUUUUUAAUUAUACUCUACAUUUUAUAA